UCAAACAGUAAUAAAAGAUCCAUUACAAAAAUAAUGAAAAAUCUUUAAUUUAUUAAAUAAUAUUACAUUUCUUAAUAACUAAUGAAAAAUAAAAAAAGACUUAGGUUACGCUGGUGGUGACGUCAUGACGCAGGCUAUCUGUUUACGGUUGCUAGGACACAGUGUUUUUGCAUUUACCUGGUUAGCUCGGUGUUGAACCGGGUUAUAAAGCGGGUUAUAGACUGAGCCCGACCCCCGGAUGGCCGCUCGUCUGACGGAUCUCAGCCGGGCCCCGGUGGCUUUCGGCCGGCGGGCCGUCCCGCAGCUGUUCGCCGAGCUGCAGCAGCCUUCUGCGGGCGGCAGGCUGCGGGCUCUGCGCUCCCUGUGCGACCUGCUGCAGGACCCGGAGCCGCUCCAGCAGACGGUCCGCGGAGGUUUUCUGGAGCAGCUGAAGGUUUUGUUUCAGGAUGAAGAUCCAUCAGUCAGAACAAAGACGUGCGAGCUGCUUCACCGGCUGGCGGCCCACAGCCUCGGCAGACAGUCUCUGCUCUCCUCCUCCCUCCUCCCUCCUCUCUCUCAGCUGUUGGACGACUCCUCGGCCUCCUGCAGGAGAAACGUCCAUCGGGUGCUGAACCGCCUCACGCUGCUGACUGCAGGUGCGGAGGCUCUCCUGACUCUGGUGCCCAAACUGAUGCUGAAGCUCAGACAGGAGGAGGAGGAGGAGGAGGAGGUGCAGGUGCUGCUCCUCUCCACCCUCAGCUCCUGCUCCCGGCUAGACGCCCUGCCGGCUCUGGCCUCUGACGGCGUCUCGCUGCUGGGACACAAACUGUCCCAUCGCUCCCCGGACAUCCGUAGAGAGGCAGCUGCAGCGCUGAUGGCCCUCAGUGUGUGUGAGGACGGGAAGCGACGAGUGUGUGAGGAGGCGGUGCUUCCUGUUGUGGUCGACCUGCUGCAGGACGAAGACGUCGAGGUUCAGACCAACGCCGCGGGAGUCAUCAUGUUCACCGCCAUCAUCACCACCGGGAAGCAGCAGUGUCUGCAGCUGAACGUGGUCCCGGUCCUGCUGGCCCUGGUGUCCCGGGACGAGGAGGAGGAGGAGCAGCGGCAGAGGAGGAAGGCUCUGGUCCUGUACUCCCUGCGGGCUCUGACCGCGCUGGCUGAGGCUCCGGAUGGCCGCCGCCUCCUGCAGGAGCAGCUCCCCCUGCUGGUGAGGAGGAGCGAGGCCACAGAGGAGGACCAGGACAUACGGCGAGCGGCUCAGACCGCCGUCAGGGUCGUCACCUGGACCCCCUGAGGCCCCCGUGACCUCUGACCUCCAGAGUACACCUGCUGUCUCAGAUAAUAAAUAAUGUCAUUAUUAGAUCUUUUAUUAUUCUUUAUUUUUAUUAUUUCAGCCAGAUGUUGCUUAAAAUAACGCCAAUAAGUCUUUUUACAUGUUUUCACGACACAUUGUUGGCUUU